AUGGCUCCUACAAUUUUGAUUGUCGGUGCAACAGGAAAUACUGGUCGAAGUGUUGUGGAGACACUUUCUUCUUCUACUAUUACUAGAAUAUCAUUAUUAUUAUUAUAUUCUGGAAAAUUACCUCCAACACUUUCAGACUCAAUCAACAACAACAAUACACUAGCAGGGCAUCGAAUCAUUGCCCUAACACGAUCUUCGGACAGCCCUACUGCACAGAGACUUGGCAAACUUCCAAACGUCACGAUUGAGGAGAAAACUUGGGUUGAUAUCAGUCCCAAGUGGUUGAAGGAACGUAAUGUUGUCAAGGUUUUUAUUGCUUCCCAUAAUGACCCCUCUCAUUUUGCAGAUGAAUCAACAUUCCAUGUUGCUUUACUUAAUGCUGGCGUCAAGUACGUUGUACGCAUCUCCACCACAGCUGUCAAUGUCCAUCCCAACUUCCCAGUAUACUAUCCGCGCCAGCAUUGGGCUGUCGAAGCUUUAUUGAGCUCUCCUGAGUUUGAAAAGCUUCAAUGGACCUCACUCCAGCCAAAUGUCUUCCACAGUUUCGCUCUUCGACCUGCCGUAGAUUUCAUCAAGCAAUAUCGCAAAGAUGGCAAGCAAAACACACUCCUGUUGAUGCCUGAUGGUGAUGCACCUCUUGGAUGUAUUGAGGCUAACGAUGUUGGUCGAUUUGCCGCUGUUCUUCUGGCCCAGGGAGAUCACUCCAUUCACAACAAGAAGAAAUACGAACUUAACGGACCAGUUGAUAUCAAUGGAAAACAGAUUGUCAAGCUGGUGGAGCAAUACAUUGGAGCAGAAGUCAAGGAUGUCAAAUUUAGAGACAUGACUUUCAUUGACACUUGGGCUGAUUCGGUCGAGGAUUACAAGACUCUCAUUCGAUCCAUCAAGGGUGCUGCUAGUACAGGCUGGCAAGGGAAGUGCUCGACUGCAACGACGAGUAAGGAGUUCCUGGAGCUAUCUCCACCAAAGACCACUCCUGCAAUGUGGUUGGAAUCUGCGCUUGAAGAAUAA